AUGGAGUGGUCACCCCUGUUCUCGAUACAAAGUCAGAACCUGGCAUAUACAGUUGUUUCCCCAGUGGAAGAGAAGGUAUCAGCUCUGCUAGCUCUGGAGGCACUUCAUCCAGAUUCAAAGAAGAAGGCCACGCGGGUACUAGACAAAUUCAGGUCCCUUGAUAGUUUUCUGAAAGGCUUAGAAUCAGUAGCAAUAGAUGAUAGAGGAAUGGUUUGGAUGGAGGAGCUGUCCCAUGUUUCCCUUUUGGUCGUGGUUGUAAUUCAGGACUUCAUCAACAAUAACCAGCAACUCAGAAAGAGAAGUUGGAUGGGAUCUUCUUUUGGAAAAUCCAAAUCUCAGCAUGAUUUUGACAUGAAGAUGGACCAAAUAUAUGCUCAGAUCCAAAAACUCUCCAUUUCCAAGCCUCACAAAGACAGCCAAGAACAGGGUCAAAGUAGAAAGCUAAAGCCUAGAGCAACAACAUUGCCACAACCAACAACACAAGAACCAGAUUUCGCCAGCUUUGCUGAUGAUGUGCAUGCAAUGAUGACACGGUUACUUGCUGAUGAUACGAGUUUCUGUGUGAUUACAAUUAUGGAUAUUAUGGAACAAUUGAUGAACUACAAGGUGAGAGUCACGAGAGAUACAUGGGUUUCCAGUGAACACCAAGAAAUGAUGCAGAAGCUGAAAGCUUUCUUUAUUGAUAACAGGUCUCUCAUAGUUAUGGAUAAUGCUUCUAAUUUUUCCUGGCAUGACCUAUUCACCGUGCUUGGAGAUACAUCAAAUGGGACCAGAAUGAUUAGGAUCACUCGCGAAAUGGGUGUUGCUUCAAAUCCUAAAACAAGGAAUGAUUUUCACCCAAUUCGUCCGCGAGCAAAUGAUGAGAGCUGGGCAUUGUUUACCCAUGCUUUGAAGGUAAAUAUUCCCCCAGAACUGCAAAAACUGAAAGGGGAAAUUGUAAGAAGAUGUGGGGGGCUGCCACUACUGAUUGUAAAAUUGGCAGAAGAACUGUCACACAAGGAUGCAACCAUUGAGGAAUGGUCCAGUGCACUUAACAACGUUGUCAUGACCAGGAAAAACUCUGGUCCAAUACCCUCUGCAGGAUCUACAAGGAUUUGCCUUUGUACAUGA